ACUCUGAAACUGAUUGUGAAGCCGAAUUAAUGCUUGCGCAAGCGCAUACAUUGCAUGCGACAUGUCUGCUCAAUUGCAAUGAAUUAAGCAUUCCAACGUAGCUAGGCGCAGCAUAUUGCGACCCGCACUAUGACGGCUGAGACGCCGCGCGUUUUGGAUGUGCGCGACUUUGCGCAGGCCAGGGAGACUGAGCUUCGAUACCUGCUACAGGCUGUGCGGAGCGAUGUGGGCGAGGCGCGUUUCGGUGCAGCGCUGCUGCCGCGCCACCUCCGCAGGCGGGCCACCAGCCACCGGCGCUUCGUGGUGCGGCGCCGACCCAACCUGAGGCUCGCGGCGCUGUUUGCCGGUGGUGCCGGUGGCGGCGGCGGCGGCGGCGGCGGUGGGGGCCAUGGGGGCGGCGGCGCCAUCAGUAAUAAAACCACAACCGCGGCGGCGGCAGCUGCAGGCGUGGGCGGCGCGGGCGGCGGCGGGCUGGCACGGAGAGUGCGAGCGCGCACCAAUGGUGGCGAUGUGGCGGCGGCGGCGGCAGGCGGCACGCAGGCGGGUCGGCCCACCAACCGGGCGAUGCGGCGGCGGCCUGCGCGGCUGCAGCAGCAGGUGGAGGCCAGCUGCGCAGUGGACCUGGCACCGUCAGAGCUUCGACACACGACACACGACAACAGCAGCAGUGGCGGCGGCUGCACCAGUAGCAGCAGUGUCGGCUGCGCUGCAGCAGCAGCAGAAGCUACAGCCGCCACCCCGCCGCCGCGGCGGCUGGAGAGUCAUGUGUGGCAUGCGCGGCGCAUGGCGAUGGAGACGCGCUGGGACCACGUGUUGGCCUCCCACGCCGUCGGCCGCGGCCGCGGCAGCCGCUCCCUGCUCGCCCAGCUGCGUGGCAGUAGCAGCCCCAGCCCCGGUCCCAGCGGCAGUAGCAUUCCCAAUGCCAGUAGCGGCAGCAGCAGCUCCGGCGGGCUGCUGCUGCAUGACGCCAGCUACUGCGGCUGCGUGCAGCUGAGUGGGCACCAGAGGCGGCUGGCAGAGCUGCUGCGGCGGGUGUGCGACCCCACCCACCUGGACUCCCAACUCAACCGGGCAGAGGUGAUCAGCGGGGCCGCCGAGUGGGGCUGUGUCAUACACACACCCGGCGCCUUCCCCGCGGGAGCGCUGGCGCCCGCACGCGCUCUGUGGCUGUCAGACUACAGCGGCGCCGGCGGCAGUAGUGGUAGCAGCAGCAGCGGUGGCAGCAGCGGCAGCAGCAGCGGCGGCGGCGGCAGUAGCGUGGAGGUGGCAGGCAACGGCGCCGGCAGCGGGGAGGCCGGGCAAGCUGCCGGGGUGUCAGGCGAGGCAGCCGCCGCCGCCGCCAUUGAUGACGAGGGCUGGGCCACCUCGUGUCAUCUGUGGCUGUGGGUGCACGCCGCCGCAUUCGGGGAUGUGUGGCGGGCGCUGCAUCAGGCCGCCGCCGCAGCCGCCGCAGCCGCCACCGCCGCAGCCGCCGUCACGGCCUCCCUGCCCGCGGGCGCUGUCGAAGAAGCAGGCGGCGGCGCGGGGGGUGGCGGCAGUAGCGGUGUGGUGAUCACGUCCCGGUGCGCCCACCUCCGGCGGCUGGAGGUAGUGGGCGCCAGGGCGGGGGCGGCGCUGGCGGCCGUGCUACAGCCGGUCGCGUGCGGCCGCGGCAGUAGCAAUAGCAGCAGCAGCAGCAGCAGCAGCGGCGGCAGCAGCCGCAGCGACCUGGGGGCGCGGGUUUGGAGCGGCGUCUGGCGCAGCAGCAGGGGCGCUGGCGGUGGCUGUAGCAGUGCCGCUGGUGGUGGCUGUAGCAGCAGCAACAAUGGCAGUAGCAGCAGCAACACUGGUGCGGGCUCGGGUUGGCGCUGGCCGGCUGGGGCUGUGGUGGGGCUGCAGGCGGCUGACCCCAGAUUGGCGGCGCCGGUGCGGGCAGGCGUUCUGGCCACGUCUCCGUGGACCGCUACUGCCGCUGCUGCUACUGCCGCUGCUGCUACUGCCGCUGCUGCUACUGCCGCUGCUGCUACUGCCGCGGCUGCUGCUACUGCCGCUACUGCUGCUGCAGCCGAGCCUGCAGCCAUGGAAGUGGGGGAGCAGGCGCCCGGCGCUGCCGCUGCUGCUACAGCCUCCCCAGCUGCUGCUGCUGCUGCUACAGCCUCCCCAGCCGCUGCUGCUGCUACAGCCAUGGGCGGCAGGGAGCUGGCACGGCAGCUGGCGGGGUGGCCAGAGGCAGGCGACUGGACCGCCGGGGCCGCGGGGCUGUGGGCCGUGGCGGCGGCGGAGGCGGCGGCAGUGGAUGCGGCCGGAAGCGGCUCCCGGGGGUUAGUGUCGUCGUGGCUGCCGCCGCCGCUGGCGGAGGCGCAGGUGGGCGCGGCCCGCGCCGCCGCGCGACGGCGGCUGCUCGACGCCGGGCUGGGGCUAUUGGCCUGCGGGCACGGCGGCGGCGCGGGCGGCGGCAAUGGCGGUGGCGGCAGCCUUGCGGCUGACGCCGCCGCCACGAGCUGCCCGGUGCUGCUGAUUAAGCGGUGCGCGUACGGCGCGGCGGCAGUGGCAGGCGGGGCGGCGGCGGCGGCGGCGGCGGCGGCUGCGGACGCGGAGGCGGGCUGGUCGGUGGUGCUGCCGGCGCGCUGGGUGAUGCCUUUCUGGCAGGCGCUGGUUUAUCAAGGCGGCCGUGCUGUUGGCCAGCAGGAGUGGCGGGCGCUACACACCCACUGGCGGGCGCCGUACUUCCCGUACGACCACCCGUACACACCCGCCGGCGCCGUACUGGCGGCGGCGCGGCGCGCGGAGCUGGCGGCGGUGGCGGCGGCGCGGCCGCUGGGGCGCGCGCGGCGGCCGGAGGACUGCUCGCCGCUUGCGGACUGGCGCGGGCUGGGGCAGGCGGUGCGGGAGGAAGGGGAGGAGGCGGCGGCGGCGGGGGUGGCGGCGGGGGCGAUGGGCAAAGGCAGUGGCAGCAGGCGGGCGGCGUUGCUGCAGCUGCUGCCGGAGGACGUGCGGGGGCACAGACCCUCGCGGCGGGGGCGGCGGGAGAGCGAGCCGGCGGCGGUGCAGGUGCAGGGUGCAGGAGCAGCGGCGGCGGCCUGCGACAAGCCCGCUAUCGCGGCGCCCUCUGCAGCUGCAGCUGACAUGCACACAUCAGCAGCCUCACCGGCCCCAGCGGCGUCGCCAACGGACGUAGCGGAAGUCGCAACGGCCGCAGCCGCAACGGCGGCGGCGGCGGCUGCAGUGCACGAUGCCGCGGCCGCACUGGGGUCGCUGCCCGUGUCACUGCACUCGCCACACAGCCUGCGCCUGGCUCUGGCACCACACCUGACCCGGCGAGCCGGUGUGCAGCAGCAGCAACAACAGGCGGGCAGCGGCAGUAGCAAGGGCCGCAGCGUUGGCAAUAGCAGCGGCAGUAGCAUCAAGAAGGACCGGCUGUACGGGUGGACACUGAGGAAGGCGCUGCAGCAGGGCCUAAUCCCGCCCACGGCGUUGGCGGCGCCGCCGCUAACUGUUGUGGCCGCUACUGCCGCCGCUGCUACUGCCGCCGCUGCUACUGCCGCCGGGGCGGCCGUAGGCCCGCCGCAGGAGAGGGAGGCGGCGGAGCGGGCCGCUGCUCGGCGCUGCCUUGUGCACGCGUGCGUGCGGGUGGUGGGGCGUGGUGUGUGCGAGGCCGGGGCUGAGCUGCUGGCCCGGCUUCCCACGGCUGACACCGGAAGCGACACGAGUGGAGGCCCGGCAUGUGGGUCUGGAGACGGCAUGGAGGUGGAUGGGGGUGGCAGCAGCGGAGCAGCAGCAUCCGGGCGCGAGGAGGACCAGGAACGAGUGGCGCAAGAGCUGGGGCGCGGGCAAGACCGGACACAGGAGCAGCAGCAGCAACAGGCACACAUAAAGCAUCAGCAACCGCAGCAGCAGCAGCGGCGGCGGCAGGCGCUGGUGCGGGUGGGCUACGUGACGUCGGCGGCGCCGCGCGGCUCGCCGAGCUACCCGGGCGGCGUGGCGGUGUGCGAGGCGGGCUGCCUGGCGCAGGCGUGGGCGGCGCAACUGCUGCUGCUGACGCCGCCGCGAGGCACAGGGCGCGGCGGUGGUGGUUGUGGCGGUGAGGGGCGUGUGCGGGCGCAGGGGUUGCAGCCGCCGCUGGGGCGGGAGCAGGCGGUGGAGGCUUGGCUGCGUGGAGGCAUGGAGGGGAGCAGGGCUACAGCGGUGGUGACGGCAAGAGGUGGUGGUGGUGGCGCAGGGGGCGGUGUGUUGCGGCUGUGGCUCCGCAACCCGGCGUCGACGGCGCUACGCGAUUGUGUUGUGCAGGUGGCGUUUGGCCAUUGCUAGGUCGCCAGUUGUUGCCAACCGGUAGCCGAGGUUAGUGAUGUACACUCACACGCUGGCACACCGCAGCUGGCGCGAGGGCGCCAUAUAGGGUGAUGCACGCCGCGUGUGGCCGUCGUCUGGUCGUCGCCGAAACUCGCCUCGCGGAAAGUACCAGGAUAACCCUAUAGAGUUUCCAUAAAUACCCGGGUGGAAUAUGAAUGGGCCAACACGGACCUUCGCCAUCCCAUCUUUCGCGAUGCCAGGGGAGGGGGCUGUCCCGCGAAUGGCCUUAGUACCGUGGAGGGCACUGUACGCUGUAGUAAAGACGCAUACUUCAAUCCCAGACUAUAC